UUGAUGUUAUUAAUUCGCCAAUUGCUCAACUACAACAACGGGUCAUUUAUCCGCCUUUCUCUUCAACAUUUUACAAGAACAAAAUCCACCUUUUCAUCCUCAGCGCCACAAAUAGCAAUUAUUGGCUCUGGACCUUCAGGCCUUUAUGUUUGUUCAAGAUUACUUCAAAGAUUUGAAAAUUGUUUUAUUGAUAUUUUUGACAAAGCACAAGCACCUUUUGGAUUGAUAUAUUAUGGAGUAGCCCCAGACCACUUUGAUAUGAAAAAAAGUAUGACUGGAUUUGAAAAAAUGUUUGAAGAAAAUAGGGAAAGAUUGGAACUUUUUUGUAAUGAAUUAUGUUCUACUUAUGAUGCAGUUGUUUUAGCCUAUGGGGCUAAUAAACCGAGAAAAUUGGGAUUGGAAAAUGAAUAUGGAAAUAAUUGCUUUUCUGGGGGAGAAUUUGUUUCAUGGUACAAUGGAAUGUCCCAACAAUACAUAAAAAAUAUACCAAAAUUGGAUACAGGAAGUAAUGCAGUAGUCAUUGGAAAUGGCAAUGUAGCAAUUGAUUGUUCUCGAAUUUUGCUUUCUUCUCCAGAAAGAUUAAAACAAACAGAUAUUACAGAAAAUGCAUUAAAUGCUUUGAAAAAGUCAAAAAUUAAAAAUGUUUAUAUUAUUGGAAGAAGAGGGCCUAAAGAGAUUUCCUUUACAAUAAAAGAAUUGAGAGAAUUAUUAAAUUUAGAAGGUGUCAAUUCUCAUUGUUUAAUAGAUUCCAAUUUAAAAGAAAAAUUGGAACAAGAAUUAAAUUUAAUGGAAAGACCUAGAAGAAGAAUUGUUGAAUUAAUGCUGAAUUUUGCUGAAGAAAAAAGGUUUUUUUAACUUAUUCAAGGGAUAAAGAGCCUGGGAUAUCUGAGAAAGACAUAAGGAUAUUUUCUGGCAUAGUGCUACUUCUGAAAUUUUCAUAGGACGGUAGUAGAGGUCGGCACGGGGCGGGAUCCUGCACGGGAUUUUGCG